CCUUGGUCUUCUCUCUCCCUCUCCCUCAAGGCUCAAACAUGAAACACCAUCUUCUUUGUACAGAAAAAAUCUGAUUCCCCAAUCCAUCUUCCCUGAAGACUCUUGGUUUCUGUCCAUUAAUCUUUUCACCAGUAAUAACCCCAAACAACAAAGAAACAAUCUUUUCCAGUCUGUACAAAGUGAAGCUUUCAGUGCAAAGAGAGCGGUAGUAGGCUGCUCUUGCUCGCCCCCAUGUCGAAUUCACAGGGUGCCGCCACAAACGGAGCGACGGCGCCGCCGAAAAAUGGUUCCAUCGCCGUUAAAAAGCCUCCCACCAAGGACCGUCACAGCAAAGUCGAUGGUCGUGGAAGGAGAAUCAGGAUGCCCAUCAUUUGUGCCGCUCGUGUCUUCCAGUUGACUCGCGAGUUGGGUCAUAAAUCCGACGGUCAGACAAUCGAGUGGUUGUUGCGUCAGGCCGAGCCUUCUAUCAUUGCCGCCACCGGCACCGGGACCACUCCCGCCAGCUUCUCCACCUUGUCCGUUUCCGUCCGCGGCGGAUCUAAUUCCACUUCCUUGUCGUCGACCACCUCUUCGUCCGCUUUGGACCAUAAGCCUUUACUGGGGCCCACCCCUUUUAUGCUCGGGAAACGCGUCAGGUAUGAAGACGAUAACUCCGGGAAGGACGAUUCCGGUGGGCUCACCGUCGGAUCGGGCUUGGGGUCCUUCGUGGGACCCGCGGGGACGCAUACAGGUGGGUUCUGGGCUCUUCCGACGAGACACGACUUUGGUCAAUUGUGGAGCUUCGCGCCUCCGCCGGAUACGUUGGUGCAGACGGCUGCUCAGCAACAUGGUCCUGCUGCUGCUGCGUUGUUCGUUCAGCAACAGCAAGCGAUGGGAGAAGCAUCGGCGGCGAGGGUCGGCAAUUAUCUUCCCGGUCACCUAAAUUUACUAGCCUCGCUGUCCGGUGCUCCGGGGGAAUCGGGCCGGAGAGACGAGGAUCCGCGUUGAAUUUUGGUGGCCCAUUUACCCUAUUGUUUGUUGGGAGUAUAUAUAUUAUAAAUAUUCGUGCAUGGUUGUUGCUUUUGUUGUGUGUUUGGAAUUUUACGGUUAGGGAAUUAGGGUUUUGAGGUGGAUAAUUUGGCCUAUGGAAUGAUGAAUGUGAUUCAAAUUAGGGUUUUUCCUUAGCACUUUUAUUUUGCGAUCAAUUAGGGUCCAGAGCAUUCACAAUUGUUUUAGGGUUUUAGGGUUUAUGCUUGGAGGGGAGAGAGUCAAGAAUUAGGGUUUUGGUGACUAAUUCUCCAAAGAAAUUGUUUAUGAGAAUGAUUUUGUGCAAGGAAUUGCUCAUAUUUGUCCGGUUCGGAGAAGAAACCGUGGAGGUUCAUUUCCCACGUUGAGACUGCAUUGUCAGCAUUCGAAUCGAUCUGGUUGAUAUCGGGUUACCGAUGCCGACAACCCG